CCGAGAUUUGUUUUUAGCACAGCUGUCACGCAUAAGUUAUUGUACUCGACGAAAGAUUAGUUUCAUAUUAGUUUCCCCCCAAAAUUACUUUUCUGUAAAUAUUUUUGCAACGCUCUUGCACUUCACAAUUUUAUAGAUUGUGAGGUUGCUGUCGUGCCAUGCCGGUGCACCGAGACCGGGAGAAGAAGGAGAGCACAGUCGAAGAUAUGGACGUGGAGGAGCAUGAUCAAGAAGCAUCCACCUCAGAUGAGGAGGAUUCUGAUACUUCCUCUGUUUCUGAGGAUGGAGACAGCUCUGAAAUGGAUGAGGAAGACUGUGAGCGGAGAAGAAUGGAAUGUCUGGAUGAAAUGUCCACUCUGGAGAAACAGUUCACCGAUCUCAAGGACCAGUUGUACCGAGAGCGACUCAGUCAGGUAAACUGCAAGCUGUCAGAGGUGGAGGUAGGUCGUGCAGCAGAAUACCUUGAGCCCUUAGCAGUCCUGCUGGAGAACAUGCAAGUCCGCACCAAGGUGGCAGGUAACGUCAAAAAACAGAUGCACACAAAGUUUGACACACAUACUCUGGUUCUUAUCCGACUGUCUUUUUCAGGAAUCUACAGAGAGUUGUGUCUUGAAUCUGUGAAGAACAAGUAUGACUGUGAGAUCCAGGCAGCUUGCCAACACUGGGAGAGCGAGAAACUGCUGCUGUUUGAUACGGUGCAGAGUGAACUGGAGGAGAAAAUCAGAAGACUGGAAGAGGACAGACAAAGCAUAGAUAUCACAUCAGAGCUGUGGAACGAUGAGGUAUCAGGGAGGAAGAAGAGGCGAGACGCUUUAAGUCCAGAUAAGAAGAGGAGACGGCCUUCUGUGGUGUCUGGUCCAUAUAUCGUCUAUAUGCUACCUGAUCUGGACGUCCUGGAGGACUGGACCGCUAUCCGAAAGGCUGUGGCCACACUGGGUCCCCACAGAGUAAAGCCCGACACUGAAAGCUCCAUGUUCUCAUUCAGACCUGACAGAAACCGGCCAAUUCUCAACUGCUGAGACACACGUGUACACGGAAAAGCACGAAUGGACAUUGACUCUCUCUCUCUCACACACACACACACACACACACACACACACACACACACACACACACACACACACACACACACACACACACACACACACACACACACACACACACACACACACACACACACACACACACACACACACACGCAAACAUUCACUUUUACAAGCAUACAAACACAUCCAUAUCUCUUUUGUACUCCACCACAGCUGCCAGUUAACACAACUCUGCCUUCAUAGGGACACCGGUUGGUAAUCUGCCUCCUGUGCCAACAGUUUACACAACAAAGAUUUGUAGAUUAGAUCAUGAAAGGAAGGAUUAUUGAUCUCUUCAGACGGAUAUUGCUGCUUCAGUUUAAACUCAGGCUUGACAGACAAUUUCAACCAAUGCAGGUUUUUGUAAUUUAAUAAUGAAACAUUUUUCCACCUUCCAUGUCAUAAUUUUCUAUACUUUCCAUGUAUCCGUUUCCACAUUGACCUCUUAUUCAGGGUCACGGGGGUCUCCUGGAGCCAUUCCAGCUUUCUCUGAGUGAAAGGCAGGGGUUUAUGCCAGAUUUUUAUAUUCUCUUCAGGAAGCGUAAACUUACAAUGGAAGUGGAAAGAUUUAUGAAAGCCUCCAUGCAGCAAGAAAGGAUGUGCAAAUUGUCAUAUAUAUCUUUUUCCUAUAUUGUUGAAUAUAAAAAUAUAUGACAAGUAAUUAUAAAUAUUUACAAAAGGACUCAUCAUUUUGAAAACUAUUACACAUCCACUUUUCAUUACUUGGCUUACUUCUCGAACAUCUUUCUGUCACUUGUCGAUAGAUAGCUGAUGUUAAUCUUAUUUUUAAUCCUACGAUUAAUAGUAUUUGUUGAGGGUGCCAUUGUCUUACAGCAUUGUCCCUAUUGAAAUUAUUUGCCAUAGUCACAGUUGAAAUGAUUGGGUAUGGGGAAAUUUAAACUGUCUUUGGCAUGUUGUCCUUGUUUUUCUCUCGAGAACUUUGUCGCCAAGAUUUAGGAAAAUGUAACGUGUUUCUGCCAAACUUAAGAAGAUUUUUAUUUUUUCAAGUCAGGAAACCGGAGUCAUUCUGUGCUCACUGACAGUUUCACAGAUUCACCAGUGUACGACAGUAUUUUAAUCACCCGGCUUGAAACACUUGUGUUUAGCUAAGAAGCUGUUCUAUUGUGCCAUACAAUAUUUAGAUUAUGUUGGUUUAUGCGUCUUCUAGCAGACAAUUACUUCAUGUUAUGAUGUUUUGAAUUGUAUGGUGAUGAUCAUAUGGCUUUAAAUUUCUUUUAAGAGCAUUAUUUUUGUUUUGGAGAGCUUCCAGUACACAAAGAGAGAACGCACAGAUAGCUUGAAUACAUUCAGAGAAAUAAUACAUCGGAUUCUUUUAGGAUCUCUCCGUGUUGAUGACAGUAAAAGUUGAUUUAAAACAAAAGCUACUCCUUUAUAGGCCGUCACUGGAAGACAGUGACGAGUAUAUCUCGUCAUAUCACUCUACAGUGCUUCAUAUUGAUGUGUUAAAACAAAAUCUGAAAUGUGAGAAACUCUGUCCUCCUGCAAACAAACAGUUUCACUUCGACAGUCACACUAAUCACUACGAUUAAAACAUUUUCAAGUGAAAACUUUGUAGUCAAAUUUAAGCUGACGUAUUAAAAUCAAGGGGGGCUGUUAUCAUGCACACGUGGAUUCGCUCAAAAAAUUUCAUAAAACAUGACUUCCCAGGCAAUACCACCUUUUUUUCCUUCUUUGUAUUAUAACUGUUAUUCCAUGAUAGUUAUUCAAAGACAAAUCCGAUAAAACUGAAAAUGAACCAUUGAGAUUGCUAUGAGGAAGAUUUCAUCCAUCUGGAAAUAUAUAUAUAUAUAUACCUCCCUACGUUGAACACUAGGGCCCGUAAUCUGUAAGGCAAACGGAUUUGAACCAUUGGGAAUAAGACAUUAAAAUCACAACAUCUCUGCUGUUACCAAAUGGAACGCAUCCUGCUUUGUAUCUAAUUAAAAUCCCUUCUGUUCAUAGCAGGGAUUUUAUUGUGAAGGAUGUACAUGUCUCAUGCAACAGUAAACUGGAAGGGCUUCAGAAUAAAAGGUUUAAAUGUCCCUGAAAAUUGCUUCAUGCUACAAUAAGGACAGCAAAAUGGUAAAAAAACAGCAUUGUAUUCUCACGCAGUGGAUUUGGAAAAGGUGUUUAAAACUUAAAUUUGUUAUAUAUGGCAUACACAUCAUGAUAACAAAUAUUUCCUGGCACGAGCCCGACCUUUGUUUUUGAGAUUUGCAUUUAUAAUGAUUGUAAGAGGCUCAAAUCUGAAAACUAGUUUUUAUUUGUGGGAAUAUGGUAUCUCCUUUCAUCUGCAGUCACAGAAACUGAAUUAGGAGAGUCUUAUAAAGCCUUUUUAAGUUGCAAAGUCAGUGUUAUAUUGUCUACUUUCACAUCUACCUCUUCUGGUUUUUUUCUCACAUUAAAAAAAAAAAAGCACAAACCAGGUUUUCAUUACUUCUCAUGGGCAUGUAACUGCUGCCAUCUUUAUGACAAUAUCACAAUAAACAGCUGUGUUUAUUGCUUUGUGUAUUUAUGGCCUAUGUGCAGAGCUAUUUUUAUUUUUUUUUAAGCCUACACAAACAUUGACUUCUUUCUGUUGUCAUUCACACUUCAAUCAAUAUGAAUGACAGAUUUUUCAGGAUUCAGGUAGCCAUGAUCAAAGAUUCAAAUAUAUUUUUUCUUUGACGGUUUAUGUUGUGUCUUCCUUGUUCUGUGGAUGGGUAUUCCAAUUAAAAGUUGUUUCAUAA